UAAUCUUCUGGGACAUAAGGUGCAUUGAGAGCUGAGACCCUACGCACAGGAGCAGGGAGCUGCCACUGGAGCUGCCACCAUGUCGGUGAAAUUUGAGAUUGCGAACAUGCAUGUGAAGCAGGGGUCAACCCUGAAGAUCAAGGGAAAGAUCGAUAAUGAUGCAGACGGUUUUGUGAUUAAUCUGGGCCAGGGCUCGGAGAAGCUGAGCCUGCACUUCAACCCACGCUUCCGUGAGUCCACCAUCGUCUGCAACUCCAAGGACAGCGGCAAAUGGGGACAGGAGCAGCGGGACAAUCACCUGUGCUUCAGCCCAGGGUCAGAGAUCAAGUUCACCAUGAUCUUUGAGAGCAACGAGUUCAAGGUGAAGCUACCAGACGGGCACCAGGUGACCUUCCCUAACAGGCUGGGCCACAGUCACCUGAGCUAUAUGUGUGUGAAGGGCGGCUUCAACAUCACCUCCUUCAAGUACGAGUGAGCGGACAGCACAGGCACGAACCCCGUGAAGUGGACGGCCAGCUCCUGUCCCUCUGACCCCACCCUCCUUUGCCAAGCCUAAGGACAACAGGCUUAAGGUCCGGGGCCUGAGCCCCAGCACCACAGGGGAGCACCUUGGAUGGCACCAAGGAAGCGCCAGCGUGGUACAGCAUUGCUGUGGUAUCUCUCCCCUCUCUCCCUCUGAAAUAAAAAGAAUUGAAAAGUC